AUGGUCGAGAUCGGCACCGCCUUCGAAAGCGACACCAUCGCCAGCCUCCGCUCGUUCCACAUGGACCUCCGCCGCGUCGGCGGCGCCAACGACAAAGGCGUCGACCUCCGCGGCAAAUGGGUGCUCUCCGGCUCGGCGGGGUCGUCCGCACCGCACACCGUGCCCAUCAUAGUCCAAUGCAAAGCGUCGCGCACGCCGCUCGGGCCCAAAUACCUGCGCGAGCUCGAGGGCACGCUCGCGCGCGAGUCCGCCGGCACGAUCGCGGUCAUGGCCUGCUAUGAGGGGUACACGAGGGCGGCGGUGGAGGUGUGCUUGGGGAGUGUGCGGCCGAUGAUUUUGGCGGUGGUCGAGAGGGUCGGGAGGCGGUGUGUGGGGUUUACGAUGAAUAGGGCCACGCAGUACCUUUUGCCCGGGGUCAGGAUGGUGAGGGGGGAGGCGGGGGUGAGGGUUUGGUAUGGGGGGAGGUGUUUGGGGGAGGGGGUGGGAGGUGGGGGAUGA